ACCGCUCUCAAGUUUCUUUCUGAUACAAAUCGUCACACUUUUUAUGGGCUCAAGGUGCCGUUUCAUGCAACGAAAUAAUCGCCGCGAAUGAAGGUCACGUGAUCAUUCGCUGUUCGCUAGCGAGUAAUCGCUGUUCGCUGAAAAGUUUCAGCUUGUAGCGAAUAUUCGUAAGGAAUGAAUAUGUCUGCUCCAACUAAGAAUGUUAACUUUUCAAAUUGAGUUGCAGACAUGCGUAUGUAAUUAUUAAAUCUCAAAUCUUCUAAAACGAGUUUAGGUAGCACAGCAUGAAAGAAUCCAUGCACUUUCCCAAGGUCGAUAGAUGGAGGAACUGGCGAAGUAAGGUCCUCGCAUCCACUUCACACGAUUUGACCCGAAAAUGGCGGCGAAAUGUUGUGUACCACGUGUCAGUUUGUGAUUAUAGGUUGUGUACUAUUGUCAGAGAAGAAGAAAUAGGAGUUUAUUGUGUGCUGUGCGGCAAUUGGAAUAAAAUCGUUUCAUAUCACCGGUUUCCGAAAGAUAGGCAUAGUAGAGAAAAAUGGUUAUCUUUCUGUGGAAUCGGAGAGAAGGAUCUCAAUACCGCUACCUUCCUAUGUUCUAAUUAUUUUAAGGAAGAGGAUUUAACGAAGAGAAUAAAUUGUGUUAUUAUAAAUCGUGGAGCAAUACCAUCCAUCAAGACACAAAAAAGAAAGAAAAGAUCAAAUACAACAGAUGACAAAUAUCAGCCACUAAUGAAAAAACACAAUUUGGAUGAAAUGUCCGUUGCUUGUACAUCCUCUGACAAUUCUCAGACAGCAGCUAAUACCGUAUCUACAUUGAUCGAAGUGAACUGUCAAACAUCUCCAAGAACACCUCCAAGGACAACACCUGUUCUCGAACCUCGAUACGUUGGUGACAUUCGAACGUCACAUUUAGCUACACCUCGACGAGCAAAACGAGCUAUAGCUCUGACACGACGAGUUAUCAGUCAACAUACGAGGACCAUUGCAGCAGUCACGAAACAGAUUACGUGCGCGCAUAAAAAGCAUAAAAGACUUAUUAACCGAGUUGAAUCGAAAGAAUUUAAUUUCUGAAAGUGCUUUUGACAAUUUUAUGGUAAGUUUGCGUUGCAAAUAUACUGAUGACUGCAAUUGUAAAUGAAAUAUAAUUGUAAUUGUUACGAAUUUAUAAUAUAACAUCAAUUGUAAAUAAUUUAUGGAAUUCACAUCAAUGAAAACAUAAUGAAUAAUUAGUAUUAUUGUAUCGUUACUAUUGUUAUUGUUAUUAUUAUUAUAUGGCAUUCGUAUUAA